AAACUUUCGAACCAAGCAGAAUUCAGAUCUCUCUCUCUCUACCCUGCAAAUGGCGAACCCAGAACGGAGCUGAAAGCAUUCUUCUGAAUCAUCCCAAUUUCAGGUUCUGAUCUGUUCUGUCCUGUCAAUUUUGAGUGAAGUUUGGUUCUUUUUCUUGAACUCAAAAGAUUAGGAAUUUUUAAAAUUUUGAGUACCCAAUCUGAGUAACUAUGGUGAGGGAGCAAAGCGUUGAAUCGUUUUACGCUCGAUUGCGUGAAUCGGCUUUGGCUUCGGCUUCUUCCACUCCUUUGCUCAUAUUCCCAUCGACUUCUGAUGUCGAUUCUCUCUGUGCUUUGAAGAUUGUUGGUCAUGUUCUUGAAUCCGAUUCGGUUAGAUAUGCUUGUUACCCAGUUUCGAGUUUUAAGGAAAUUCACAAGUACGCAGGACCCAAUUUGUGUUCUUCGUCCGAUGAACCUGUUACAAUUCUUUUGGUAAAUUGGGGGUGUCACCGAGAUCUGCGAAAGGUCUUGAAUUUGGGUCCUUCUUCGCGCGUUUUUGUUGUUGAUAGUCACCGGCCAAUUCACUUGCACAAUCUCAGUGAUCAGAAUGAUCGUGUCGUUGUGCUCUAUAGUCGGGAUGAUGAGGACCAGGCUGAUUUGGCAUACGAUUUGAAAGUUCCGGUUUCAGCUUUGGCAAAUGCAAGUGAUUUGAACAGUGAUGAUGAAGGUGAAGAUGACUCUGAUGGUGACGAAGAUGAGAAUGAGAGUGAAAGUGAGGAGGAAGAUGGUGGUGAGUCUCAGAAGAAAAGAAGGGUUUCAGAUGAAAGUGAAAAAGACCCAGUUAAGCUUUUCAGGAAGCUGAAGAAAGAGUAUUAUUCUAAUGGUACUUUUCAUGGGAAGCCAUCUGGGUGUUUGAUGUAUGAUCUAUGUCAUUCCCUGAGGAAGAACACAAAUGAAUUGUUGUGGUUGGCUUGUGUGGCUCUAACAGACCAGUUUGUUCAUGAAAGGUUAACAAAUGAGCGAUAUCAAGCUGGGGUGAUGGAGCUUGAGCAGCAUGUUAAUAGCUCUGGGAAUCUGGAUGUUGUUACUACGGUGACCCUCAAGGAUGGAACUAAGGUUUUGGCUCCUGAUUCUUCAAGAAUUGCCUACGAAGACGAGCCAAAGCUAAUGUUGCUACAAGAGUGGAACUUGUUUGAUUCAAUGCUGUGCUCCUCCUACAUUGCAACUAAAUUGAAGACAUGGAGUGACAAUGGGAUGAAGAAGUUGAUGCUUCUUCUUGCUCGAAUGGGAUUUCGACUUGAGGAUUGCAAACAGAAGUUUCAGUAUAUGAAUGUUGAGAUCAAACGCAAAAUGAAGGAAGAGUUUGAAGAGUUUUUACCUGAGUAUGGACUAACCGAUUUCUACUAUCGAGGUUUUUGCUUACUACAUGGGUAUAGUUCAAGAAUUUCUGCAGCAGAUGUGGUGUAUGGAGUAACAGCACUUCUAGAGUCAUUUGUAGAAUCUGAUGGCUCAUGUGCAUCCAAGCAGUUUGGAGUGGCUUAUGAUGCAUUGUCCUUGAGCAAGUUUGAAAAGUUGGAAACCGGAAUGCAACAUGCUAUCAAGAUACAAAGGGCAAUUCUGAGACAAGGAAGUUCAGCUAUAACCAAGAAGGGAUCAAUAAGAAGUGGGAGUAAAUUCAGAUGGGUGAAGCUUGAAGAUUCCAUAGACACUAAGCUGUUGGGUUAUCCCCAGGCAUUGACCAAAUUUGGGCAUUUUCUGAUGGAUGCUUUGCGGGAGAAAGGUGCAAAAAUGAAGCCUUUGAUAUGUGUUUGCUAUACUCAAGAUCGAAGCAAGGUGUUGAUUGUUGGAGUUUGUGGGAAGCCACGACUCGGGGCAGAUAAAGGAAAUGCAUUUGGGAUUGCUUUCAGAGAUGCAGCUGAGGAGACUGGAGCUGAUUUCUUUCACGAGCUAUUCGAGUCAUCAUGGAUAGUUUUGGAUGCACUUGCUAUAAAUUCGUUCAUGAUAAGGCUAACUGAGAAGCUAUGGUGAAGAACGUUGUUUAUAAGCAGAUUAAAUGCUUAUCCUUUUUCGUCUUUUUCUUCAAUAGUUAAAUGUUGUAACCCAUUUAAUUACUGUUACUAUAUGUGCAGUACAAUUCAGAGGUAAACAAUUCUGUUCUGAUCAUGUUUUUCUUUUA